UCUAGGUUACGCAUUGUUCGUGCAAGCCGACGCCAUCAUCACGUUAUCUUCGUAUCCGCUACAUCCUGGUUUAUUCGUGAAUUGUUGAGGCAUGUUGAGUGCCAUCGCUAUUUUUUAGCGAUUAUUGACGAGAUUUCAACGAAUUGUACGUCUCCCACCUAAAAUUUGACAGAUCGGAAACUUCUCGACCGAGGCAAGACUUGGGAGCUACCAUUAGGUAUGGAGUCGGAAUCCAGGCGCAAGGGUCCUAGGAGUCCCAGCGCAGACUCGGAUGAUUCCUCGCACGCCAGGAGAAGGAGGAAGUACGAUCGAUCGCCAUCUCCGAGACGAAUUAGAUAUCGCAGAUCUCGAUCUAGAGACAGAAGAUCCCGUUCGAGUUCCAGAGACAGGAGACGGAAGGAAUCCAGUAGGUCGCAGGACAAUUGGAAGCAACAACCUCCGCCACCUCAAUCCCAGAGUGCUGUACCGAAUCCAAGCAAUUCUACCGGUUAUGUUUCAGCAGUACAUAAUCAAUACCAGGCACCUCCACCAAAUACAAGUCAGCCACCACCACCUAUAUCUGCUUACAAUCAAGGAUAUAACAACUAUGGUUACAACUAUGGCACAGGUUAUGACUACAGUUAUCAGCAGCCUGCUGGCUAUCGAAGUGAUUAUCCACCACCCAACUGGCAGGGAAGUCAAGUGUCGUAUAACAAUCAGCAAGCACCACCGCCUCCAUCAUUGACAUCUCAACAAGAGUCAUCAAGGCCGAUUGACAGUGGUUCUUCUGGUUUAGUGACAUCUUUAACAAGACCUGAGGAUGUUAAAAAAGAAGCAGCAAUCGCAGCUGAAGUAAAACAACAAAAAGCAACAUUGGCUAAACAACGAGAGGAAUAUGUUCUAAAAUCUGCUGCUCUGCAACGUGAACUGGAAAUUCUGCGUCAACAGUGCGACGAGAUAGGCAAAGAGGGUGGACGCGAAAAUAACCGAAUUAUAAAAGAAAAUCAAAAAUUGCAGGUCGAGAUACAAAAUAAAAUGAAAUCUAUUCAUAAUGUCAUUGAUAUGCUCACUGGCAUCAUCGGUGAUGAAGUUACUGCGGAUGACCUGAAGAGCAAGUGUAAAUUAGAAUUAAGUAAACGUUCGAGAAGCCCGAAAGAAGAUUUUCCGAAAGGAAAGUCUCCUUCACCCGAUAGAACAUCGGCUUCCGAUACAGAUAAGGAAUCCAAAGCGGAAAGAGAUAUUAGGGAGAGAAGAUCAUCGGAGGAUAAGCCAAUGUACAAUUUUGUUCACUACGAUCCCGAAAUGCAUUGGUGUAAAGUCUGCGAUAUCUUUCCUAAGACAGCAAAGGAAUAUUUAAAUCAUCUACAUAGCAAUGAACACAAAGAGGCUUGUUUAGAACGCAAGAUUGUUGAUAUGCCAUGGCAUGAGCGAAAUGGUGAAGGAACAGAGAAAGAAGUACCCUAUUAUUCCGGACUGCCGACGAAAAGAACACCUAUUAAAGGGCUGCAAUUCUUCAGCGCGUCGACGGCUUGGUAUUGCAAACUCUGCGAAUCCUGGAUAGGAGAUCUUCAUUGUGCCAGUCUACACCUGAAGUCUAAACGUCACUCUGAAAACUUUUCUCGUUUCGUGGAGCAAAAUCCACACUGGGAAACGGAUUGGAUGGCUGAUCGAGAAAAAGCGUUUUCUGAGGAAAAACAUAAGCAAAUACAAUUGGAAUUACAAAAGCAGAAAGACGACGAUCCACCGGUGAAGUCGAAGAAGUCUAAGAAGAACAAGAAGAAGUCGAAGAAGGCCAAGAAACGCAGAAACAGAAGCAGCGCUAGUGAUACAUCUAGCGAAUCCGAGAACUCCGACACCGAAUCUGAUCAGGAUACCACCAAGAGUAUACGUGUGGCGAUGCGAAACAAGAUGAAGGCCUCGACACAGGCGAUUCUUAAUGAGGAAAUAGAUUAUCAGCGUUUAAAGCUGAAGGGACACAAUUGGUCGAAGGCGCCGCAAAUGAAUCCAUCACCGUUACCCGAGCAGCAUCCAUCGGAAGUGGAUGACAGACAGCUUCUGAAUUCGAUCAGGGAUAAAUUGAAGGCCAAGCAGGAAGAAGAGAUGAAGAGUCGCAAAAUAAAUCAAGAUAAGAUGGAGGAAGAAGAGGAAGACUUACAACAAGAGAGCUAUUCGAAGAAAUCAGAGGACUUGGAAGCUUGGGGACCGAAGGAACCGCCGAAAUCAUUCUGGAUAAAGAAGGAAGAGGAGAAGCAAUCGCAGCAGCCAAUCACGAACAAACCUAUCGAGCUGCCAAAGCCGGAAGAGAUGCCGAAGCCGCAUAUGGGAUUCUGGACGAAGCAACAGGUAAACAUGACAGUGAAGCCGCCUGAAAGUAAAUCAAUGGACAAAGAGGACGAAAGGGAUCGUGACAGAGAUCGCUAUAAGGACGAUCGUGAUCGCAAGUACAGCAGCAGAUACGAGAGAAGAAGCCGACGAGAUAGGGAUCGCGAUAGGGACAGAGAAAGGGAUCGGGAUCGCGAUUACUACGACGAUCGUCGAAAGAGAGAUAGAGACAGAGAUAGCAACGAUUCUCCGAGACGUGACAGAAAUUGGCGCGAUAGCAGUCCAAAGAGAAACUAUGACAAAUACGGCAAGGACAGACGAGGGGAUGACAACUCGUCGAAUGACGAGUCCAAGUUCGAAAAGAAAUCAAGCGACUCUAAGUCGAAGAAAGGCAACGUCCUGAGUAAAAAGUCCGCACCACAGAUGGCUGCCAAGGGCAAGUUACCCUUCAUCGGCAGAUUACCCCUGUUCAAGAAGAAAACCGAGGAGCCCAAGUUACCGGAGAAGGACAUAACUCCAUUACCCUAUCAACAGAGCAAAUUCGAGGACACGCCGAAAGUACCCAACGAGAUUAUCAAUCCACCGGGUGUCGUGCAUAUCACUAAGCUAGCCACUCCGGUGAACUUGAAUAAUAAUAACGGCAGUGCGGCGAUUUCAUCAUUGACAAGUAAGACUGUUAACCAGCCUAUGAAGAUCUUGGUGGCACCUCCACCGCCCGUGUUAAACGAGAGUAAACCCACGCAACAAGUGGUCGACAUGGAGAUAGACGACCAGUCCGAAGAGACAGUUAUAGAAGAACAGCCGAUAGUGGAACAACAGCAGAAGCAACAGCAACAAACGUCUAGCGUGUCGAAAUUGCCGCUACCCCCGCAUCCACCACCGCCACUGAACAGACCGCCGCCCAGCUUCACGCCGAGUCAACAACAAUCAGGUGUGCAUAAUAGACCGCCGCCAGCAGCGGUACAAAGUGCAGCACCGCAAUUUACACGACCGCCUCCGCCGUUCAUAUCGAAUCCACCGCCGUUCGUUCAAGUGCCACCAAGGUUCUCUCCUCGUCAGGCCGUGCCGCCGCCUGCCUUUAUGACGACGCAGCCACCACCGAUUCCAAGCGCCGCUGGUUUCGUGCAAAGCCAUCCGCAGAAUCCGCCUCCACCGCCGCCACCAUUACCGGCAACAAUGGUGGACUCCAGCGUAGCUGGUGCACCAUCGCACUCCGACGUAUCUGAUAUACCGGAGCCAUCGGAGAAACGUUCAGCGGAUCCAAGCAUUCCGCUGCCGGAUGAUCUGCAGGAGGCUCUAAACAUAAUCUUCCCUAAAGAGGAGACAACAGAGACCAAACAGCAACAGCAGCAGCAGAAUCAACAGGAGUCCAGUCUCAUGUAUUCAUCGAUGUAUAGUAUGUUGGGUUGUGUAGGAUAUGGACCUGAAUACAUGGAUCAACCACCACCUGAAAUUAUGCAGGAAACGGAAGCAGAGGCGGAUACUCAACCCGGACCCGAUGAUCUUCGCAUGUUGGGCAUCGACGAGGGAGAUACGAUCCUUUAAAUCGCGCUCGCAAAGAUUUCUAUGACUUGGUUGCAGAAAAGAUUCAUUUCUCGAGAUUUGUAUUAAUGAGCAAACUUUCUUAACUAAAAACUUGACACAUUAAGAUUUCCUACUUUGUACUAGAAAGAGUAGAUCCGUUAUAUCGUUGAUCCGUCAUUUUUCGCUCAUCUCGACGACGUGAUAAGUACUUCAUUAGUAAUUAUCAAUUAUGUAACUAUCUUAAUAAAAACAAAUAUGUGAUAAAAAAUAAAGAAAAAAAGAAAGAAACAGCUACAAUAAAUGGUCCUGAAAUACUGUGAGUAUAUGAUGUGCACGGUCUGUAAAGAUUACUUAACGAUAUGCAGUAAAACUUACAAAUAUUGUCCAUUAGAUAGUAAUGUUAUCUCGUUCACAUCUCGUCUUUUUCGUCUCAUAAUGUUUUCAAGUUUCUUUUUUUGUAUUCGUGAUUAUAGAUUAUUGUGCAAUUAAUGUUAAUAUCGGCAAACAUUAGCAACAAUUAACAUGUGCUAUUUUAAUUUUCAACUGUGUAUUAAUAAAAUGUACUACAAAAAACACUCGUUGAAAAUCUGCAAGUAAUCUGGACAAUCUAGCGUUAAUCGGAUGUUAUCAAUUAUGUACAUCAGAGGACGAGAAGUGUAAAAUUAAUAAAAAGAACAUAUAAUAUCACA